AUGGAGGCUCCCCAUGGCGCACCAUCUUCUUUAGACCUGUCUCUGACGCUGGCCCCCAUGCCACCACCUCCAUCCUCCUCUGUUUGGGCUGCAGCAGACGACCUCGCUGCUGCCGGGGACAACGGCUAUGUCCAUGGCCAUGGUGGCGCCUGUGAAGCGAGAUCAUCGAGGCGGCUGUUCUCAUGCCUCUUCUGCGAGAAGAAGUUUGUCAAGUCGCAGGCGCUCGGGGGCCACCAGAACGCGCACAAGAAGGAGAGGGUCGGAAGCUGGAACGCCCACCUCUACCUCCCAGCCGACCACGACGACCCGCCGGCAACCAUAACGACUAGGGCGCCGGCGAGAUGGCCAAAUGCGCCCCUUGACGACGGCGGCGACAAGCAGAUGCAGCGUCAGCUUGAUCUUAACCUUAAGCUCUAG